CUGUGGAGGAACAGACUAAGGAGGAAUCAAAGAAUAAAGUAGAAGAGUCAACUGAUCAACUGGACAAACUAGAAAAGGACACAACUACUGAUCUUGUCUCUAUUAACCUACUAUUAGAAAUGAAGAAGUUAUUGAAUGUGAUUAGUGCUCUCCCAAAAAAUGUUAUCUUGUACAUUAAGAAGUUUUUACAAGAAGAUUUUUCCUUCCAAACUAUGCAGAAAGAAGUUGCAGCUAACAGCCAGAACGGAGAGGAAAUAGUUCCUCCUUUGACUUUAAGUUUCUUGAUAACACAGCUAGAAGCAGCACUGAAGAACAUUCAAGCUACUACUUAUUCUGCACACCAGAUUAACUUUGGCUAUUAUUUGGCAUUACUGUUUUUGUAUGCAGUAGCACUUACUGAAAGAGGAAAGAAAGAGGAUUAUUUAGAAGCUGAGAGUAAAUUUCUGGUGAUGAAGUUAAUGAUCCAAGAAAAGGAAAUCUGUGAAAACUUCAUGCCUUUAGUUUAUUUUGGACGUGGUUUACUUCGAUGUGCUCAGAAAAGAUAUCAUGGAGGACUGCUAGAAUUUCAUAAAAGUUUACAAGAAAUAGAAGAUCCAACUGGUAAUUGGUUUGAUACCGAUCCUACAGAAGAUGAUGAUUUAUCUACAACUUUUAAAGAUCUUCUAAAUAAUUUCAUCAGGACAUCUGAAAGUAAUAUAACGAAGCAAACCAUUUGCAGUUACCUAGAUUGUGAACGAUCUUGUGAAGCUGACAUUUUACAGAACACCAAUUACAAGGGAUUUGUUCAGUUAAUGUGCAAUAAAAGCUGCUGUAUUUAUUUCCACAAAGUUUGUUGGAAAAGGUUCAAGAACUUAAACUAUAGAGGUGAAAAUGAUCAGAGUUUUAGUGGAAAAAAAUGUUUGAAGGACAAAUGUACAGGAGACAUUGUAAGGAUGCUAGAAUGUGAUAUUCCUGGAAUUGUUAAAAUUUUGUUUGAAGUUGUGAGAAAGGAUGAAUAUAUAACCAUUGAAAAUUUAGGAGCAAGUUAUAAAAAUUUUAUGUCUCUGAAAAGAAUUGAUACUGAUAUGAGACCGAAGAUCAGUUUGAAUUUUACUACAAAAGAUGAAAUGCCUAUCUUCAAACUUGAUUAUAAUUAUUUCUAUCAUCUGCUUCACAUAAUUAUCAUUUCUGGUACUGAUAUUGUCCGGCAAAUAUUUGAUGAGGCUAUGCCACCAUCUAUUUUGAAAAAAGAGCUUCUUAUACGCAAGAAUGUUCUGGAACCCUACUACAACCACCUUUGGACCAAUCACCCUUUGGGUGGAGCAUGGCAUCUUCUUUAUCCUCCAAACAAGGAGCUACCACAGUCCAAACAGUUUGACUUAUACCUCCUGUUAGCUCUCAUAAAACAUUUGAAUAUAUUCCCUGCACCCCAAAAAGGUUGGAAUGUGGAACCACCAUCUUCUGAUCUCUCUAAGUCAGCAGACAUCCUGAGGCUGUGCAAAUACAGGGAUAUCCUCCUUAGUGAGAUUUUGAUGAAUGGCCUCACUGAAUCACAAUUCAAUUCAAUUUGGAAAAAAGUUUCAGAUAUUCUUCUGCGUCUUGGGAUGAAGCAAGAAGAUAUUGACAAAGUGAAAGAGAAUCCCAUUGAGAACAUUUCCCUUGAUUACCAUCAGCUGUCCAUCUACCUAGGCAUACCUGUACCAGAAAUCAUCCAGAGGAUGUUAUCCUGCUAUCAACAAGGCAUUGCUCUACAAUCAGUAACAGGAUGUCAAUGUUUUGAAAUAGAAGAGUUACAGAAUGAGGGAGAAGAACUAAGCCCGCUGCUCAUGGAGUACAAUAUAAAUAUGUAUUCAGAUACGGAUAUACAUUUAGUAGAAAUGAAUAAAGAUGUGGCAUCUAUACCUAGUGAAUCUUCAACAGAAUCUACUAAAGAGCUCCAAGAAGUUAGGAGUAAACCAAAGAAAAAAAAAAAGACUAAGAGUAAAAAGAAUAAGGAAUCAAAUGAAGAGCAAGUCCAACAUAUGGUAGGGAAGGAAGAGCAGGUGAAGAAAGAGCAAGGAAGUCCGCAUUCAGUUAGCAGACUGAACAGUGAUUCAAGUGAUGCUCAAGAAUAUUCUACAGCUGAAGACAAGAUCUAUAGCCUGGAUGAAUUGCAUAAUCUGGACAUGAUAGAGCAGGGCUCAACCAGCAAGGUAAUUGGAGAUUAUGGAGAAACUGAUAAGGAAAGGCUUGCCCUUCAACGACAGCUUCAUAAAAUGAACUAUCAGUGUGAAGAUUUCAAAAAACAGUUGAAAACAGUAACUUUUCGGUGGCAAGAAAACCAAAUGCAGAUUAAAAAGAAAGAUAAAAUAAUUUCGUCUCUUAAACAACAAGUGGCUUUUGGAAUCAAUAAGGUUUCAAAAUUACAGCGUCAAAUCCAUGCUAAAGAUAAUGAAAUCAAGAAUCUUAAAGAACAACUUUCCGUGAAAAGGUCUCAGUGGGAAGUGGAGAAGCAUAAUCUGGAAAGCACAAUUAAAACACACCUGAAUAAACUGAGUACAGAAACCAACAGAGCUUCAACAGCUGAGGUAUAUUUCUUACAGUGUCGUCGAGACUUUGGUUUGCUUCAUCUAGAGCAGACAGAAAGGGAGUGUCUCAGCCAGCUUGCCAGGGUGACUCACAUGGCGGCAAGCAACCUAGAAUCACUUCAGUUAAAGGCUGCAGUAGACAGUUGGAAUGCCAUUGUGAUGGAUGUUAGAAACAAGAUUGCAUUCCUCAGGACUCAGUACAAUGAACAAAUCAAUAAGGUGAAGCAAGGGUUUGCCUUGAGUACCUUGCCUCCAGUACAGCUUCCACCACCACCACCGAAUCCUGAGAUACUGAUGCAGCAGUUCUUGGGAAGACCCCUUGUGAAAGAAUCUUACUUUAGACCUAUACUCACUGUUCCUCAAAUGCCUGCAGUUUGCCCUGGAGUCACCUCUGCACCUGCCUGUGGGAGAGUCUGUGUCUCCCAGUGCAAGUCUGGGAGACCCUCCUAUGAUGAACUGGGAGAGGAUUGUGGACAGACUGAAAACUGCCUUCCCAUAAAUGCAGAUGGAUAUGUGAUUACUUUUUUAGAUCUUGGAUUUCAAAUGUUACCUCUAUAUGCUACAUACCAAUCAUGUGAUAUGAUUUUAUAUCUUGUUUGGGGGCAUAGCCCCAAGAUAGUAGGAAAAGUCGCCACUACUUCUUCCUUGAUAUUUUCCAGAAAGGAGCUCACAGAUUUCUUACGAAAACUGAAGGAGACUAAUGGAAAGUUCUUAUCUGCAAUGACAUUUGAUGAAAUUGUUUUCAAGAUUUCCCAACUUAUUGACUCUAGAAGUUCUCAGAGUCCAGAUAAAGCAGUAUCGAAUGGGAAUGAUGUUUCACCCAGCUGUUCCCCACAGCCUAAUGCUGCCCAACCCCCAAAACCAGUCUGGAGGCCUCUUAACGCACAAGGUCCAGCCACAUGGGAAGGAACCAAUACUUUGAAUGAUGAGGAGGAGGAAGAGGAGCCUUGUGUGAUCUGUCAUGAGAAUCUCUCUCCAGAAAACCUCUCUGUUUUGCCCUGUGCUCACAAAUUCCAUACUCAGUAUGAUAAAUGGACAGAUCCCUGGCACGGCUCCCCCAUCUCCUUGCUUGGUCUCCUUGCUGUGGAUGAAGGCCUUAUUCUGCCAGAUUCACUACUGUUUGCACUUGGAAGGGCAUUGAUUUAG